ACCCAACACAGAAAAUGACACUAGAAAAAUUUGUACACGAAACAUCCUCGCUCUCAACGAAAACUACCGUAAUAUUGAAGCAACCUUUCGUAUAGCCCGAGCGAACUCCAAUGACUCAAGCCAUGUGGCUUUGUGCCAUAAUGGUAGUUUUUUUUUACUUUUUAGCAACAAAAUAAAAUUGGUAGGUAAUACUAUUGGUAGGUAACAACAUGUGCCAAAUUUGUUACUCUCUCAGCAUUUUUUCUUUCAUAUAGAUAUCGGCACAAGAAUUUCACAUUCUUAAUUAACAAUGGCUACAAAUGACUUGAAGCUUUUGAGUACACCUUCUAGUCCAUUUGCAUUGAGAGUAAAAAUUGCCCUUAACAUCAAAGGAUUGGAUUAUGACAACAUUGUAGAAACCAUGAAUCCUAAAAGUGACUUGCUUCUUCAAUCCAACCCCGUUUACAAAAAAAUUCCAGUUCUAAUUCAUGGUGAUAAACCCAUUUCUGAAUCUGCAAUCAUAGUUGAAUACAUUGAUGAAGUUUGGAAAAAUAAUGGUACUCCUAUCCUUCCUUCAAAUGCUUAUGAUUGCGCCAUUGCGCGAUUUUGGGUUGCCUACAUCGAUGACAAGUGGUAUAAUUCCUCAAGAAAUCAUUUGGUUGCUCAAAAUGAGGAGUCAAAAAAGGCAAAUUUUGAUCAAAUGGAAGAAGUGCUUUUGAGGUUAGAAGAUGUGCUCAACAAGUACAGUGAAGGAAAGGAGUUUUUUGGAGGAGACAAGAUUGGAUUUCUUGAUAUUGGUUUUGGAAGCUAUUUAAGUUGGUUAAGGGUCACAGAAAAAAUGAUAGGAAAAAAAGUGCUUGAUGAAACAAAGACUCCUGCAUUGGUGAAAUGGGCUGAAGCUUUUGUUGCUCAUCCUGCUGUUAAGGGAAAUCUACCAGAAAUUGAUAAACUUUUGGAGUUUGCUAAGGGUUUGGUGCAAAGAAUGGCUGCUGCUGCUUGUCCUAAGUAGUUGGAAAUGUUUUAACUUGCAUGAAUUGAAUAAAAUGCAUAUUAUAGCAUAUUCUGUAGUUUUUCUUAUCUGUUUUUCAUGUAAGCCCAUAUUGUUUGUUGUCACGAGUUAUCUUAUGAACUUUUCUUGCAUUGGUGUAGUACAGAUACACAAUAGUUUUAAAUUGUGAUUUGCAACGCAAUUGCGAUAACAAUUGAUGUGUAUUGCGUGCAAUUGCCUGCAUUUGGUUGCGAUAUCAAAAGUUUAGAUUGUUACUUCAA